AUGGAUGGCACCCUCAGAUCGUCUGAAAAAGCAUCGAUAAUAAAACUCGUUGCUAAAGGCGUGGAAUGCCCAAACUCCAUUAACAUUGAUCGGAACACUUCGCAACUGAUUAUAGACGGUCAAGCUUUAGUAAACAGCAUAGGGAAACCAGCAACUGCCACUACUUUCGGAGACCUCGCUGCAAUAUUCAUGGACAGGGUGGUUCACCUUGAAAGACCACGGACCAGGGGAACUGCUCCAGUCAGAAGGGACAUCACAAGUGCAGCCAUUCCACUGCCAAAAAAUUGGAAGAAUUUUCUAGCACUGGGGGACAACAAGGCCGACCUAGCCCGCUUGCUCUCUCAGGGAGUUCUCCAAUAUGUCUUUAAUGACAUCGAAAUUGUUGUCUCCGGAGGACUCAUACAUGAAGAGGAUGUGCGAUCAACCAACCCCGAAUCCGACGUCAGUUCCCUAGCAGCGACACAUGAAGAGGCCGAUACACGCGUUGUACUACAUGCUGUCCACUCUGAUGCUGACAACAUCGUCAUCAUGGCCAGGGAUACCGACAUUUGUUUGCUGUUGAUCCAUCACUUUGACAAAAUGACCAGUUCUGAAGCGUUCCACGCAGUUACGGGUUGCGACUCGACGUCUCACCUUGCAACGAUAACGAAGAAAGCAGCGUGCAAAGUCUUCAAUGGAACGGCCUGCCAACUUUUAGACAACCUAGGGCACUCUCCGCUAACUCCCUCAUCAAAGGCGAAUGCAGAUAAGUUUCUCGUUCAGCUCUAUAAGGUGACUAAAGAUGUAUCUAGCGGGGAUGAAGCCAGAUAUCAACUUUCUGGUGUUUUGAUAAAGCCAGAAGCCUUACCUCCAACAAGCGAUGCGCUGCGACUACACCCUCUAAGAUGCCAUUACCAGGAAAAGAAAUGA